CGUCGCGCGGCGACAGCGAGAGAGCACGGCAGCCCCGGACCGGCCAGCGGGACGGCGGCGCGGCGGUGCUGCUCAGAGGGUGACGACGUGGGCCGGAGACUGCGACGCUCGGCGAGGAUGAGGCCCCUCUGUCUGGUGCUGGGGGCUCUGAUCUCAGCUGGGCCUUCCCUGGCCGCGGUCGUGGUUCCGGAUCUUCACGAUACGCUGCUGCCGCCACCUAUCAACGACCCGAACAACCACGACCAAGAUGACGUCAUGCGCACCUUGACGGUGCGAUGGCCACAAAAGGCGGGAUCGGUGGCAGCUCGCGUGGUGGAGAUCACUGAUGACAUCACGGCAGAGCUGCCAGAUGAGGAGACUAAUCGGGUAUCACGCCAGCUGGACAAGAGACCUGGCAUACUCAGCGACCAGCCGGGACAGUCGGGCCGAGCGGUUGAACAGUCACCCAUCGAGCGGUACGACGGACCCGUCAGCGAACGGUACCCGGAGUACGUGGGCUCGUCAGAGAACGAGUUCACCCCCGAGGGCAUAGAGGAGGUGCGUUACAGCCGACCACAGGCUCCUGACCUCGGUGACCCUCAGCAGGAGGUCACCGAGUACAACCCGUAUCAGCUGUUCCCGCAGAGUUUCCACGAGCUGCUCGACAUCCCAAUUCACGUGUUCAAGAACGGCACGGAGGUGCGCAGCCACCAGAGGCCCCGAGGCCCCACAGUCAGCGGAGGGUACGCCAACACCAACCUACAGGGCUAUGGUGCCGAGCAGACGUCCGCCGUCCAACGACGCUCAACCACCACAGCCACCACCACCACCACCACCACCACUACUGCAGCGCCGACCACCAGACGGCGCACCCGGCGCCCGCUCGUCACCGACGGCGUGCAGUACGUCACCACCACGCCGCGCGCCAAGAUCGUGACGCCCGGCAGUGGCCAGUUCGGCUCACGCGUGACGGCCGACUCGCGGCGUCCGGUCACCGUCCGGCCGUCUCACCAGCACGGCAGCUUCGCUUCGCACGGCUUCGGCAUAGACCAAUCAGACGACCACUUCGGCGACCAUGACCUUGGCUCCGCGCCCUUCGACCAAUCAGAGGACGAGCCGGCAGUGACGCGUGCGCCGCUGCACCAACAGCUGGCGUUCCGGCGACGACCGGGCGGUUUGAAAACUCGCAAGCGCGUGCCGUUCAUUCCCCGGCCAUCUUCUGCUGAGAAAGAGCGACAGCCAGUUCGAGAUAUCCCGAACAGAGAAGAAGAGGACGACGAUCUGCAUACCGACGCUUUUUCACACGACUUCCCCGCCUUCCCGAACUUUGAGACCAACUUUGGCGAUUUUGGCCGUCGUAAGGACACGCCUCCCGCUACGACAACGACCACCACCAGGCGCCCGACCGAGGUCACCAGAGAGGUGUACCACGUGACACCCAGCGCAGUGGAGCCCCAGUCGUGGCGGGACACAGUGACGCCGCGGCCUGCACCGGUCGAGAACAAGGACAAGAGGCACGGCUCGCCGAAGAAGCCCAUAUUCCGGAAACCGCUUCCGGAGCCGCAGCUGGUCGGGGGCUUCCAGAAGCCUUUCCGUCUCACUCCAGAGACGGCCCUCGAGGAGGAGUUUCAUGCUGAGGAAGGUGAGAAGCAACAGGAAGGUCUGUUCUCUCCGGAGAACCAGGCCCCGUCGCCGCAGAAUCAGAAGCCAUUCUUCCAGCAGCAGCAGCAGCAGCAGUCGUUUUCUCACGCCGAGCAGCAAGAGCAGCAAACAUCAUCUGACCAUCGUAAUCCUGGUCCGCACCAGCAGCAGCAAUUCCAGCCCCAGGAGCCGUUCCAGCCCCAGGAGCCGUUCCAGCCCGUCUUCCCGAACAGCGGGCAGACGGACGCCUCGAUCCGCGUAACGGAGGGGCCGAACCUGCAGUCGGGCCCCGGUGCCGGCAUCCAGCAGCUGCCCGGCCCCAGCUUCGGCCGGCCGCCGCCAGGCGCCGCCUCUCGACCGUUCGGAGGCCCACAGCGUCCGACGUCGGACAACAGGCCGGGUCUGCUGCCAGGGGGCAGGCCAGGUCCUGGCACAGGGAGGCAGGCCGGGCCAGCCACAGGCAGGCAGGCCGGUACAGCCGCCAGAUGGCAGGCCGGGCACGCGUCCACGCCGUCCUCCGCCCACCAAGAAGCCGUCGUCUGGUGGCUACCUGGGCAGUUUGCUGAGCUGGUUCCGCGGUGGCGAGGAGGAGCAGAGGCCGCAGGUGGCGCCACCAGUCCGGCCUCGUCCGCCAGGCCCGCGGCAGGGCGCGGCGCCGGUCCGGCCACUAGAGGGCCGACCGAGGCCCGGCGACCGGCAGGCUCCCGCGCCGCCCGGCGCCGACCGGAGCGCCGUCAGAAAUAGGGGUGCAGUGGCCCCCCAGGGAUUCCCCGAGGGGUUCGGCGGCGGGCCGAGCCGGCCCUUCUCGCCGUCGGCCGCCUCGCUGAGCGGGUCAGCGCCGCCUCCUCCGCCGCGCCUGCUGCCGGCUCUCGACCAGCAGCGAUCACCGGGCCUGGUGCGCGCCGGCGGCAGCUUCGUCCGCCAAGACCCGCUGCCGGCCGGCUCCGAGGCAGCCAAGACGGCCGUCGAGGCACCGCGCCCGAAGCUCAACAUCCUGCCGCAGUUCAGGCCGAAUGCUGCCGGCGCGGCGCCGCCGCGGCCAUCGCAGCGGCGCCGGGGACAGACGGAGCCGACCCGCCGCCGCGGCGCGCCCGAGGUACAGCGGCGUCGCGGCUCCGGCGAGCUCGGCAAGCUCAGCACCCUACAGAUGCUGCACCCCAAGCUCUCCAAGCCGAGCGUGGCGCAGGUGCUCCGUGUUCCCGAGGGCGGCGGGUACCUGCUCGCCGAGCCUCAGCG